AUGGAAAGUCAAACGUUGACAUCAGCAACUGUAUCACGUUCAGAAUCUGUAGGUUCAUUACUAAAUGAACGUAGUUACGACGCUGCGCCGCAAUCUCCAUCUACUCUACGUUUAGCAUAUAGUCCCAAAUUAGAGUCAGAUUUACCAUAUAGCAGUGAUAACCAACAUGAUAAAAAUCAAAUUGAUGCCGAUAAAUCAGAGAAAAUCUUUCUUCUACCCGGUACUGAACGGAUUGUGAAAGUUAUUAAAAAAUUCACUAUUUCUGAAAAUGAUAAUAAAGAAUAUAUUGAACGUGAUGAUGAAGAAGUUUUUUAUAAUCACAAUAAUGAUGAACAUAAUGAGCAGGAUUUAAAUGGUUUUAGAAAAAAUCAGUAUACUAAUAAAACAGAACAUAAACAUUACAGAACAAAUGUAGUGCAUAAAAGGCAACGAGUAUUACAUCGUUCAAAUCGUAGUCAUCGUGAACGGUAUCAUCAUCAUCAUCGACGUCAUCAUCAAAACCAAUCUCAUGAUUAUAUUGAUGGUCUUCAAAGUAGUGAACUAUCUCAAUCACCGGUGGGAAGAGAAUCUGUAGAGAAAUCAAAGAAUACCAAAUAUAAAAAACCUGUUACAUCAGUUCAAAGCUCAGUUACAUAUAAUCCAUACAAUAAUGAACAAAAACGUGUAAUCAGUCGCUUAAAUUUGAUAGCACCUGGACCAGUUCAAUCAUCUGAUUUCAAUGAGAACGAGGUCAUGCCAACUGACGGAUUCCAUGAUACAAGUCUAGAUGUACAAUCUUAUUCAAAUUCCCAAAAUAGAAAUGUAGGUUUGUCAGAAUUAAAGCAGAGUCGAUUGUUUUUACCCAAUAAAACUAACAAAAAAAACCGUAAUAAAUAUAGAAAUCGUUCACGACGGAGUGAAUAUGAAAGCCACCACGAAAAGUCACAUUCAUCAUUGAAUCGACUGUGUUCACAUGCUUCAUAUAACUCUGGUGCUUGUCGAAAAUGUAAUGUUAUGUGUUCAAAAUGUAAUGAAAGAAUUCAUCAUUUAAAUCAUUAUAACAGUGAUUCAAGAUCAUUACAUCGAGCUGAUAUGUAUUGUGAUCAAAGAUUACGUGGAGUAAGUUGUUCAUCUUCAUUAGAUCAUGAAUGUCAAUUAAAUUCAAGUCGGAGAUAUAGAUCAUUAAGUGGUUCGAAAAUGUUUAUACCAUCUGGCCAUCAUCAUCAUUAUCAACCACAUAGACAUGUAUGUUGUGCUAAAUCGAUACCGUCUUUAAGUACAUUAGAUUUCUAUGAUACAAAUUCUAUUUAUACACAUAGCCUAGGAUCUAAUCGCCAUAUAAAUUUUAUAGAAAUUGAAUAUAUGCAAAUGGAUAAUGGUGAUAAUGAUAAUGAAAAUCUACCUAUGGGAUUAUCAAAAGAGAAAUUACAUUGGAUUACAAAUUUAGCACGUGAAUCAUUAAAUAAAACAAAAGAUCUUGAUUCACUAGCUAAACUAAUGAAAGAAACAUUAGAUGAACAUUUUGGUAAAAUAUGGCAUUCCAUUGUAGGCACUGAAUCUUAUGGUAGUCAUUUAGCUACAUUACCCGGAGCAAUCGGUGAAAAAUUAGAGAAAGACCUUAUUGAGGUCGUUCUGACAGAUCGAUCAUAUUCUUCGUUUUGGUCUGUAAAAAAAGCCGAAUCAGACCGUAAAAUAAUGCAGGACAACUCGGAACUUGCUGCUCUAGGACUUUCUGUUUCGGAAAACUUUUUAUAUAUCUUCUUGCGAUCAAUGUAUCCUCGAUUCCCUGAGGAGUGGAUUAUGACUAUUGUUCAGUAUUUAAAGUCACCUUCUGAGCUUGCCUUUAUAGCCGCUCAUUUAGGAAUUAAAGAUAUAGUAUUGUACAGUGAUCAAGUAGAUUAUUCAAGCAAUAAAAUUAUAUCAGCUCCACCGAAUCUGGAUGUUUUAACUCACGCACUUAUGGCUCUAGUCGGUGCUUUAGCAAAAGAAAAGAUGGAUAAAGCACAUUUGUUUAUUCGAGACUUCAUACUAGCACGACUUCUAGAUAUAGAUUUAACUGAACUAAUUUCAAUUCCCAAUCCAUUACCCCUUCUACAGGGUAUACUUCAAUCUGAAGGACGUGGCCCACCUGAAACCAGAUUAAUUUAUCAGUCAAGUAUGAAUACUGUGCUAGCGUGUUUUGAAGUUGGUAUAUACAGUGAUUGUCAACUCAUUGGAGAAGCUCCUGGUGAAACGAUAUUAAUUGCAGAAGAGGAAGCAUUACGACAGUCAAUAAGGAAUUUCUUCAAACUAACGGAUGAUCGUCCACCUAUUCCAUUGCAUGGAAACUUGGACUUUUUGGACUUUGAAAAGUUUUCUGAACAAAAUAUUUCGCUUAAUUACUAUUUAAAAUUAGCAGCUGAUCAUGUUUAA